ACCAGGACCAGGACCAGGACCAGGACCAGGACCAGCCUGAACCUUCUCGACCGUCGAGUUCGUCGUGUUUGGAUGAGGUCAAAGUGACCAUCUGAAGGAAUUAUUUUCUCCUGCUUUUCCUGGGAAAAGUUUCCAGCGGGAGCGAGCAGCGGGAGCGAGCCGAUGGGAAGAACUUUGUUCCGGGUAUCGUUCCACAUGGCUCCAACGUCACCCAGGAGGUGAAGUCGCCACACUUCCUUCCCAGAAUUUUGCUUUCACUGCUCGCCGACCCGCAUUCUUUCUCGCCAGCCGUCCAACAUGGGGUCCAGCCUGACGUGUGCCGGUGCGCUGUGGGCACUGUUGUCGCUGCUGUGCGCCGCCGCCUCCUGCGUGGGCUUCUUCAUGCCCUAUUGGCUGAUGGGCGCGCAGAUGGACAAGCCGGUGUCCUUCGGCACCUUCCGCCGGUGCUCCUAUCCGGUGCGGGACGAGGAGCGGCAGACCACGGUGAUGCUGGAGCAGUGCGGCCGCUACGCCUCUUUCGGCGCCAUCCCCAGCGUGGAGUGGCGGAUCUGCACGGUGGUGACGGGCGCCGGCUGCGGCCUCCUCCUGUUGGUGGCGCUCACCGCUCUCAUGGGGUGCUGCAUCUCUGACCUCAUCUCGCGCACUAUCGGCCGCGUGGCGGGAGCCAUCCAGUUUAUCGGAGGCCUCCUCAUCGGCUCCGGCUGUGCGCUGUACCCGCUGGGCUGGGACAGCGAGGAAGUGCAGCAGACGUGCAGCAACAACUCCGACCAGUUUCAGCUCGGUUCCUGCCAGAUCGGCUGGGCCUACUACUGCACGGGGGCGGGGGCGGCGGGCGCCAUGCUGCUGUGCACCUGGAUGUCGUGCUUCGCCGGCAAGAAGCAGAAGCACUACCCGUACUGAGGGGUGGAGCCUGCGCACCACCACAGGAUGGCGCCACCGUGCACCACGAGGGACACGACUCGUCCGGCAAACUGCAGGGACUAUUUCAUAACACACACACACACACACACACACACACACACACACACACACACACACACACACACACACACACACACACACACACACGCACACGCACACGCACACGCACACGCACACACACACACACACAAAGCUCUGAAAGCUUCAAGUUAAGGUGUGGACCAAUCCUCUUUGUAAUCUUUUAUUUAAGCGUUUCUUUGAACUUCUCUUUGUCUUCCUCUUGAUGUUGAUGUGACGUGCGCCCUGCGUUGAAGACUAAAUAACAACACAGUGGAACCUCCGUUUACGUUAAAGUUUGUGUCGUGAAGCACAUUUCUCCAAAGGAAACAAUGUUAAUAUGAAUAAUUGGUUCCAGCCUGGACAAAAGUCCAUAUUUUAGUGAGGUUUUGUACACUUUGAACACAAUAUAAAGUACUGUAUACUUGACUAAACCGACAACAACCAGCUAAACUGCCCUGUAUGCGCUGCUCUUCCAACAUACACACAGAAGUCCCUUUGGUGCCCUCACAAACGAUCGGAAAUCACAAAAAUCCUUAACUUAACAACAGUAUUGCUGCAACAAUAACCAUUUAAAAAGGUAAAAUCCAAUUACAGUACAUUACCAUCGGCAAAGUAGGAGCUCAGCACAGAGAAAGGAGCAGACAGAGGGGGAGAAU